AUGGCUUGCACACAGAUGAAAUGCUCCAAGAACGGGGCAACCUCCUCUGCUGACUUUCCAGAUGACCUUAUCGUCGAGAUUCUGUCCCUGCUGCCUGUCAAGUCAGUGUGCCGAUUCAAGUGUGUCUCCUCGCUCUGGUACCGCCUCAUCUCCCAACACCGCAAGAAGCUGCCCAAGACCCUCUCCGGCUUCUUCUACCCCAAGCACAGGCUCAACGACGAGGGUGAUUUGGUAACAUUUCCCACUUUUGAUGGUAUUUUGGGGAACCAAGAGCAGCCAUUCUCUGAUUCCUCGUUGGCCUUCUUGACGGGAUACAGGCAGAUUUUGCCAAAGGACUGCUGCAAUGGCCUUAUUUUCUGCCUCUGCUGGAAGGACUCCCCAAUAGACGAAGCCGAUUAUGUGGUAUGCAAUCCUGUCACUGAGGAAUGGGUAGUCCUGCCUGAUGCUGGCCAUGAAAGCAAUGCAUUGGCAUAUCGUUUGGGUUCCGAUGCAGCCAUGUCACCCCAUUUCCAUGUGUUCCAGAUCCUAGAGGGUGAUGUUGAAUAUGGAUAUGUCUCAGGUGUUAAUAUCUACUCAUCGGAGACAGGAGCCUGGAGUUACAAGGAAAAUGGUUGGGGCGACAAUGAGAUUCAGAUAGUUGACAUGAGAGGUGUCUUUUUCAAUGGAAUGAUGCACUUGCUCACCUAUGAGUUUAAGAUACUAGCGGUUGACACUGAGGGUCCUCUUGCUUUUAUCGGUCAAUCCCAAGGGCGAUUGUAUGUUAUAAAUACGACAGACAACGAUAGCUCCAAAUUAUCUGUCUGGACUCUUGAGGACUAUAAUGGUAAUGAAUGGACCUUUAAGUACAGCAUCAGCAUUGCACAACUUAUUUUGGAGCUUUUUGGGGAGAAGGAUCUCAACUUACAACAGGACUAUGCUGAUCUCAUGUUGCAAAGGGACUAUGCUUUGAUCGCAAUCCAUCCUGAAUGCAAUUUGAUAUUCUUUGUUUGGAGGAGCAAGGAUGUGCUAGUGUCAUGA